AUGUUUCCCCAAAGACAGUCGUGCGAUCGUUGUCGUCAGCAAAAGGUGCGAUGCCUUAAGAAUUGGGAAACAUCAGUGACGACCAGCGCUGACAGCGACUAUUUCUCCGCAUGCGAGCGAUGUACCAAGGCGGACGUGCCAUGUGUCUACAGCACGAAACAGCGACGCAGACGCUCAAAAGGGGAUGAUGUCACAUCGCUGAGAAGAAAGGCGGAUCCGAGUCAAGGGCUCGCAGGCAUGCUCACGAACAGAGAUGUUGAAGGAUUCGACUUCAACAACCUGAUGGCGCUCAGCACCAACGUCUCCUGCCUCGGGGAUAGCGAAGCAUACAGCUGGAUCAACAGCCUCGAAGGCACAACAUGUCAAGGAGACAGUGCAGACAGAACCCCAGAGGACCCAGUGACGACCGGCCCAACACCUUCCUGGGAGGAGGGCAAAGAAACGCUAACACGUCAGCUAUUGAAACUGAGCAAUUGGGCUAUAGAUGCGACACACGAACUGGAAAGCGCUGUGGUUCCUACGCCAUUGGUGGUGGGCUCGUCGGUGCUAAAUGAGGCUUACGAGGCCACGGAUACUCUGGUACGCAUUCUUGAUAGCUUUUCUCCCGCCAACGGCACGUACCGCCGUUGGUCGCGGCCUUUACCGCGCGACGAAAGCGACCCGCAGCAGAAUCCCGUGAUCAGCCCAGUUUUCCUGGCUCUUGCUUCGCACCAGCAUAUAUUGGCCCUUUUCCGAGCACUAUGUGACUGUAUCAAGCGGUCCUUGAGGUCUGUAGCUCGUAUUCCAGAGCCGCAACAGCAAUCUCUGCAUGGUGCUGGCUCGUCGUCGGCACAAUUCACCAUGGUCUUGCAGCUCAUGAUGCACCUACUGAACCGCCUGGGGCGUGGGCUUCGAAUAGGCAAUCGCAGAGACACAGAUCAAGGCGAGCUAAUGGUCGAGCCAGGGGGGGAUGAAGAAGGCGGCAGCUUACGAGGUAUUGUCGGCUCUGCUCAGGCUAUGCUCAAGACGUUGCCUGAAGAGCAUCUCAAGCUUGGUGCAGUCAUUCAAGAGCUUCAAGCCCAUAUAGAAGAAGGGGGGCAUAUACAGAUUUAG